CAAUGUAGGCAAUUGGGGUGGGUGCAUGGUGUGGUGGCAUCAGGUGUAGCCUUCGCAGUGCAUAUAUGGUGCAUCGAUAGGGGUGGGCCGGUCUUCGUGGCCGUUUAUCAGCCUGUUCAAACCCUUGUAGUCGCACUCAUGUCUUCGCUUCUCUUGGGCGAGCAAUUCUACUUGGGAGG